AUGGCCCCAGUGGCCAAACGAGCCAGGAUUGCCCUGCAGCAGGAAGAGUCGGGGGACACCACCUGCCCGCUGCUCUUCAUUCAGCUCAACCAGCUCCUCAGCAGCCCAGCGGGGCUGGAGUGGAGAGAGAUGGCCAGGUGGAUAAAGUUCGAGGAGAAGGUGGAGGAUGGUGGGGAACGCUGGAGCGCGCCCCACAUCCCUGCCCUCCCCCUGCACAGCCUCUUCCAGCUGAGGACAUGCCUGCAGAAGGGGACAAUGCUCCUGGAUUUGGAUGCCCUCAGUUUCAAGGAAAUAAUCGACAAGGCGCUUUCUGGGCAGCCCGAGGAAGCAGAGCUGCAGCCCGACAUGAGGGAACGCCUGGCAGCCCUCCUGCUCUGCCAGCCGCAGCACCAGCCCACCAAAUCCCUGCUGCAGCUUCUUGCUGAGCUCAGCCUCUCUCCCUGCCGAGGGAAGGCCAAAAGCUGGUCUGAGCCCAGAUCCCAGCUCUCCGAAACGCCUCUUAAGGAGCAGCUGAGAAACCGAUUUAAGAAGAAGGUCCCACGGGGGGCCGAAGCAGCCCACGUUGCCGUCGGUGAAGCUGAAUUCCUAGAGAAGCCCUUCACUGCCUUCAUCCGCCUCAAGCGAGGGGUGGUCCUCGGCUCGCUGGCCGAAGUCGCUCUCCCCAGCAGGUUUGUCUUCAUUCUGCUGGGUCCCCAAGACAAAGUGAAAGCCUACCACGAGGUUGGCAGGGCCAUGGCCACGCUGCUGACGGAUGAGCUCUUUCAAAGGGUUGCCUGGCAGGCUGAGCACCGAGAGGACCUCAUCGCAGGAAUGGAAGCGUUCCUGGAUGAGCUGAUCGUGCUUCCUCCUGGGAAAUGGGACCCCAAUGCCCGAAUUCCUCCACCGAGCUGUUUGCUGUCUCUGCACAGGAGGACCGCCAUGCAUUCACCAGAUUGGCAGUCAUGUGGCAAUGGGGACAUGGCAGCAGCUGGGGACAGAGCUGGCUUGGGGCACCCGCGCUCCAGGGAGGAGCUGGAGAGGACAGGCAGGCUUUUUGGGGGGCUGCUGCAAGACAUACGGAGGAAGGCGCCAUGGUAUGGCAGUGACUUCUCUGACGCCCUGCACCCCCAGUGCCUCUCAGCAGUACUCUACAUCUACCUGGCGACAGUCACCAAUGCCAUCACCUUCGGUGGCAUGCUAGGGGACGCGACUGCCAACACGCAGGGGGUGCUGGAGAGCUUCCUGGGCACGGCCUUUGCUGGCUUCAUCUUCUGCCUCUUUUCCGGCCAGCCCCUCACCAUCCUGAGCAGCACUGGCCCUGUGCUGGUCUUUGAGCGCCUUCUCUUCUCCUUCAGCCAAGACCACAGCCUGGACUACCUGGAGUUUCGUCUCUGGAUUGGUCUCUGGGUGGCCUUUUUUGGUGUGGUCUUGGUGGCCACUGAGGCCAGCCACCUGGUGCGGUACUUCACCCGCUUCACCGAGGAAGGCUUCUGUGCCCUCAUCAGCUUGAUAUUCAUCUACGACUCCCUGAAGAAGAUGCUGAGCCUGGCAGACACCUUUCCCGUCAACUGGCAGUACCGGCUGGAAAACGUCACCUCCUACAGCUGCAUCUGCAACUUGUCCAGCCCUGGUCACAGCUCCACGGGGAAUGACAUGCCGCUCCCCUCGCCCUUGGCCCCCUGGCAGCCUCCCACUGCCCUGGCUGGGCUGAGCAAGACCCAGUGCCUGAGUGAAGGUGGGCACCUCCUGGGGACCAGCUGCCAGUAUGUGCCCGAUGUCACCCUCAUCUCCUUCAUGCUCUUUGGGGGCACCUUCCUUUCCUGCACCACGCUCAAGCGCUUUAGGAGCAGCCGCUACUUCCCUGCAGCGGUGCGGAAGCUGGUGAGUGACUUUGCCAUCAUCCUGGCCAUCCUUGCCUCCUGCACUGUUGACGCCACCCUGGGCCUGGAGACCCCCAAGCUUCUCGUCCCCAGUGAGCUGAAGCCUACAAACCCAGCACGGGGCUGGAUCAUCUUGCCAUUUGGAGCCAACCCAUGGUGGGUCUGCUUGGCGUCCGCGGUGCCCGCUGUCCUUGUCACCAUCCUCAUUUUCAUGGACCAGCAGAUCACAGCCGUCAUCCUUAACCGCAGGGAGUACAAGCUGCAGAAAGGAGCAGGCUUUCACCUGGACCUCCUCUGUGUCUCCCUCCUGAUGGUUGUCACCUCUGCCACCGGCCUCCCCUGGUAUGUCUCGGCCACUGUCAUCUCCCUGGCACACAUGGAGAGCCUGAGGAAGGAGAGCGCAACCUCGGCCCCAGGCGAGCACCCUGAGUUCCUGGGCAUCAGAGAGCAGAGGCUGACUGGCCUGGCUGUCUUCAUCCUGAUGGGGGUCUCCAUCUUCAUGGCACCUGUUCUCAAGCAUAUCCCGAUGCCGGUGCUGUACGGGGUCUUUCUGCACAUGGGAGUGGCGGCGCUGAACAGCAUCCAGGUGAGUGGGGGCUCUGUCUGAAAGCUGGAGGUGCGUGACCCACCUGCCGUCCUCUUGCUACAGCUCACAGACCGCGUGCGGCUGCUCCUGAUGCCAGCCAAGCACCAGCCAGACAUCGCAUACCUCCGCCACGUGCCCCUGCGCCGGGUACACCUCUUCACUGUCAUCCAGCUGCUGUGCUUGGCCCUCCUCUGGGUCCUCAAGUCCACCGUGGCUGCUAUUAUUUUCCCAGUGAUGCUGCUGGCGCUGGUGGGAAUUCGGAAGGGGCUGGAGCGCAUCUUCUCCCUGCAUGACCUGAGCUGGCUGGACAGCCUCCUGCCCACCACGGCCAGGGGGGAGGCAGAGGGGAAACGGCCCGGGAAGCAGUCGGAGGAAGAAAGCAGUGGCGAGGCGUCGGAGCUGAUGCGUCGCCGAGGACCCGAGAUCAGCAUCUCCGUCAACUAG